CACACACACACACCAGAAUAAUACUGAUAAACUUUUUAAAUGUUUUCAGGUAAAUGUACUAUACUCAUACUAUGAAGAACUUAAGGAUGUCGCUAACAAUAGGCUUAAAAAGACAUCCAUAACCCUCAAAACAAAUAAAGAUUGAUGGAAUAUAUUUAUAUGGGUACGAACUGUGGGAUGCUCAUUGGGCAUACUCUCCUGUUUGUUAAAUAUUGCAUCGUUUAGUCCCCCCUUCCGUAGGCCUACUUUAUCAUGGAAAUCGCUUGUGGACGUUUUUCUUUAUGCUUUGACCUUAAUCUUGACAUUUUUCCUUUUCGGUGCCCCUAAUAUUUUAUGCUGUUACCAAAGUUUGCCAUUCUGUUUGUUUUGUUUUUUUCAAACUGAUGAACUAUAUGUCAUAAUUGGACAAUCUUAAGGUUGCAUUCUCAACAAACAUGGUGCUGGACUAAAAUGGAUUUACUAAUAUAUCGCCUCCACUUUAGCUGCUCAUACGUUUAGGAGCUGUCAUUUGUUAUUUAGUAUCUGAAGUCAUACAAAUCAGAGCUUGAGGUGUGUUGAUGUCAAACAAACAAAAAAAUAACCUCACGCGCCGAGUUUGCACACGUGCACAGCUAGAGUAUAGAGCUAGGAGUUGUGCGCGCGCGCGAGAGGGACGCUACGAGUCUGUAAACAGAGGUAGUCCACAGUUAGGAAAACUGCUGCAAAACAGGAGAACACGCUGCGGAAAAACGAGGAGUUGUAAAGAAACCGGGAGCAGUUUGUGAAGCGGAAGUGUGCCCAGCCAAUCCAGGAGGACUCUAUUUGCUGCAUAUUAACAAACUGAAAAGGAGCAGUGUGUGAGGACUUCUGAAAGGUCGAGUACCGGAAGGAGGGCAUGAACUUUUGACUUGCUCCCAUAUGGAGCUGCUUCCCAGUUGGCCAGUCUUCCCUCGAAGUUCUUAGUGUCUGACUGAAUGAGUUCAGUUGGAAUGUGUGAAAGGCUUGAUCGAGUGAUAUUACUCAAUCGGAGAACAAGAGCCGAUAACAGCUGUCAGUGUGGAGUUCUGCCUCAAGGCGACUGUGGGAAGUUUGUGGGAGUGCUGAGAGGCAGAGUGGGAGUCGCUCACAGAGAAACACUUGUACAGAAGGAGGGAGGAUACGGAACGCGCUAAAACAUCUGCAUCUUUUUGCACGGGGAUUGCUGUGGCAGCAGCUCUGGGAAUGUGGAGAAGCUGGUGCAUGAUGGUGGGGCGGCCUCAGGACCUGACCUGGCAGGCUGUUCUCUUGGUGACUGGACUGGCGUCUCUGAGCUAUGGUUCUGAUGCCAACCUGUUGGACAGCAUGUUGCUGAGAAGCAGCUGGAAGGAGACAUCGGAGCAACAAAUGGAGGAGAGCAGCAGCACAGCCAUGGUUUCAGUUCCGGACUUGCUACGGUGUGACUGCUACCCCCAGUGCCCCGACGGCUCCGUCAACGACACAUGCCUGACCCGGGGUUUCUGCUUCACCAUGGUUACGGAGAAGGAGGGAGGUCACGCUGUUUUUUCUGCAGGAUGUUUACCUCUGGUCGGCUCAGAGUUCCAGUGCAGAGACAUGCUGAACGCACGCUUGCGGAUCGUUAUGGAGUGUUGCACGGAUCGGGACUACUGCAACAGAAGCCUGCAUCCCACGCUUCCUCCACUCGUGACUUCAGAAUAUGUGGACAGCAACAUCCAGUACAUAGCUCUCUUUAUCUCACUCACAGCUUGCAGCGUCCUUGCUGUCAUUCUUGUCUUCUGCUACUUCAGAUAUAAACGUCAGACGUCACAACCCCCCUACAGCAUUGAUCUUGAGCAGGAUGAGACCUUCAUUCCUCCAGGGGACUCACUAAAGGACCUGAUUGAGCAUUCCCGCAGCAUUGGAUCUGGGUCUGGGUCAGGACUCCCUCUGCUGGUUCAGCGCACCAUUGCCAAGCAGAUUCAGAUGGUUAAGCAGAUCGGGAAAGGGCGAUACGGAGAAGUCUGGAUGGGCAAAUGGAGAGAAGAGAGAGUGGCCGUCAAAGUCUUCUUCACUACCGAGGAGGAGAGCUGGUUCAGAGAGACAGAAAUUUAUCAGACGUUUCUGAUGAGGCACGACAACAUCCUGGGCUUCAUAGCAGCUGAUAUUAAAGGAACUGGCUCGUGGACUCAGCUCUACCUGAUCACAGACUAUCAUGAGAACGGAUCCUUAUAUGACCACCUCAAGUCCAACACCUUAGACAUAAAAGCUCUGCUGAAACUAGCGUACUCGUCCAUUUCUGGGCUCUGUCACCUGCACACGGAGAUCUACGGCACACAGGGUAAACCCGCCAUCGCCCACCGAGACCUGAAGAGCAAAAACAUCCUGGUUAAAAAGAAUGGAUUCUGUUGUAUUGCAGAUAUGGGACUCGCCGUCAAGUUUAACAGUGACACCAACAAAGUGGAUAUCCCUCCUAAUCUACGAGUUGGUACUAAACGCUACAUGCCACCUGAAGUGUUGGAUGAGACACUGAACAGAAGCACCUUCCAGUCCUUCAUAAUGGCCGACAUGUACAGCUUUGGUUUAAUUCUUUGGGAAAUGACCCGACGGUGCAUCUCCGGAGGAAUUGUGGAGGAGUACCAGCUGCCCUAUCAUGACCUGGUACCCACCGACCCCUCAUAUGACGAUAUGAGAGAGGUUGUUUGCGUCAAGAAACUAAGACCUUUGACUGCUCAUCACUGGAGUAGUGAUGAGUGUCUACGGCAGAUGGGAAAGCUGAUGUCAGAGUGUUGGGCUCACAACCCGGCCUGUCGCCUCACAGCCCUGCGGGUAAAGAAGACUCUGGCAAAGAUGUUGCAGUCCCAGGACAUCAAACUGUGACGAAGAGUCUAGAAGGAUGUCCUCGUCACCCAGAGACAUGCCACAGCCACUGGCACGGGCCUCUGACAGUGGCCAGCAGAAGAAAGGGAACAAAAGGAUGAAGAAGUGUGAUGUAAUGCUCAUGAUGGAUUACAUCCACCCAGUUACUGAGUCUGAAGCAGCUUUGCAUCAGUCAGUGUUCAUGUGCUUUCUGGGAAAGCUGAAAGUCCAGGUCCUUCUAGUGGUGAGGGACUCCUCGCUGUGCUCGGGUCCUACUCCUCUUCUCUAAAGCCAUGCAGCAUUUCAUGUGUGACCGUCUUUUGUCCUGUCACAGCUGCUCUGUGUAAGUGUGAUUAUUUUUGUUUCUGUGAGACUCGCUGCAUGAAGAGUUCACAUUCAACUCCAUGACAAUCUCAUCUGAAGACAGUCUGAGUUAAGCCUAUUGACCUCAGAGUCAGAUAUUUAUAAUUAUUACUAUAGUGUUUCCUCAGAAACAGGAUAUAUUGAUAUUCUUUAGCUAAAGUUAUUAAUGCGAGUCUAUUUUUUGUUGCUACUUUAAACUCAUGUUGAAACUGUCUCAACCUAAUUCAGAACAAACCCACCACCUUACCUAAGACUGAUGCUGGGUAACACCCCCCCAAUAAAAGUGUCACAAUUCAAA